AUGAGGUCCUGGACUCUGUCUGGGGCCAGGUUAGGAGGCGGGUGGGUACAGCAGAGCAGGGCAGGGGCAGGGCUAGGCACUGAAGCAAGGCCACAGCCCGGAGGGAGCCAGUUCCUGGUGGCUGUUGGGUGGCUACAGCUCCUUGCCUCCCCAGCCAUGGUUCUCCUUUUGCCCUGGCUCUCCCGAAGUUGCUGCCUUCGCCUCCUCCUGCCAUCCUGGCCCCCCGCACUCCAGGGCUCCUGGAGGUGCUGCUCCCAGGGUCCCAAGGCAAGCACAGAAAAGACUAGCUCCACAGGCACUGGGGAGACGUCACCUUCCACGGACCCCUGGCCCCGCCCCACAGCUGAGCUGGCCCAAGCUGAGGAGCUGCUGGAGCAGCAGUUGGAGCUGUACCAGGCCCUGCUCGAAGGGCAAGAGGGGGCCUGGGAAGCCCAGGACCUGGUGCUCAAGAUCCAGAAGCUGAAGGAACAGAUGAGGAGACACAGAGAGAGCCUGGGAGAAGACGCCUAA